UUGCUGCUGUCAACCGCAGGUUGUGAUCCGAGCUGUCUUAAAGUCUAAGGAAUUUUCAAGUAAAACCAACGAUGUAAACCGAAAGCCGUAUUGUUUAAAAAAAAUUAUAAAUACAUUCAUAUAGCGUCAAAUUUCUGGUGGUACAAUGGCUCUAUAGUUAUAAAAUCGUAAUUAUUUAAUGCCAACACAAGCGACUGCCAUGAUUGAUUCUAGCGUCGUUUAGAUGAUGUUCGAGUAAAUAGUUUUUGUAUAAUGUGGGAAAUUUGGCCAAAAAACAUCAGUGAACUGUGAUCAGAAUGGUGGUGGAUGUACCAAUAAGACCUUUCCACACCAUAAAAAUGCAACCUGCUGGAAUGAACCCAAAGGAGCUAUCAGAUAAUGAUGAUAUAGCUACUUCCUUGGUUCUGGACCCUCACCUUGGGUUCAGCACUCAUAAAAUGAAUGUUAGGUUUAGACCACCUAAGACAAAUAUAGCUGAACUAAAAAGUAUUAUAGAAGAAUUUAUCCAAAAUCAGAAUUAUGAAAAAGCUUGUGCCCGUAUAUUGAAAGGUGACUGGAUGCCCAGAAUUAAAUCGAAAAACCAACAAAAAAGAUUAGAAGAACACAUUUAUCGAUACUUGAGAGUUUUUGACACAGAAUCGGGAUUUGUAAUAGAACCCUGUUAUCGCUAUUCCCUAGAAGGCCAAAAAGGUGCCAAAAUAUCAGCUACCAGAAAGUGGUACAAGAACGAGAAAAUAGAAUGUUUGGUAGGUUGCAUAGCUGAAUUAACAGAAGAAGAAGAGAAACAGUUGCUUCAUCCAGGUAAAAAUGACUUUUCAGUUAUGUACAGUUGUCGGAAAAAUUGUGCACAGUUAUGGUUGGGCCCGGCGGCCUACAUAAACCAUGACUGCAGAGCAAACUGUAAGUUUGUCGCAACGGGUAGAGAUACUGCUUGCGUUAAAGUCUUAAGAGACAUAGAAGUAGGCGAAGAAGUAACAUGUUUUUAUGGAGAAGACUUUUUCGGUGAUAAAAAUUGCUAUUGUGAGUGUGAAACUUGUGAGAGACGCAAUACAGGUGCGUUCGCAAAAGAGACAGACCAGAAAGAGGAGAAUGGCUAUAAGUUGCGUGAAACUGACAACCGCAUAAACAGAACUAAACACAAACUACAGGGUAGUAAAAAUUCAGUUAGUUUUUACGAACGGUUACAAGUAACAACAACAAGUAAAAUCGUGACGCCUCUAAGUAUGAAGGAAUUGCGCCAAAAGGGUCUUACUAAGUACGAUGCCAAGAUGCUUAUCGAGCACGGUUGCAAGUUUUCCGAUAUAGGGGAUUUUAGCAGAAAGGACCGUCUUCGUAUUUCCACUGUAAAUAUUAAACAAGUUAAAAAGUGUAAUUCUAAAAAGUCUGUGAUAAAUGGGGAAACUAAUGUCCUGUCUAUUAGCACGAGGGAGACUCGCAUGCAGCGGAGACAAGCUAGACAAGCGAACCAAGAGCUUAUGCAGACUGCCACACACAGUAUCUCUAGGUCUAAUCUAUUAGACGACCUUCAAAGUAACGCCAGUAGUUGUCCCAGUACGUUCAGUGAUACAGAGCCCGCAUGCGAUGCCACGCAGCAGAAUAAGAAGUUCAACGACAGCCACGAGAGUGGCAAAGGAACAUCCUCAGAUAUGGGCGAGCAGGUCACUAUGACCGGUAUAACAUUACGUAACCACAAACGUCUCAGCGAUCCGAGUAUCGACGUAAUAUCAUCCGAUACACUAACUCCGGAAACAGCAAAACUAACGUCUCAAGUCGACUGCAAUCAGAACGGCACCGAUGGUGAAAAAUUAAACUACAACCAUAUACCCCACGACGAAAAGUUGGACAUUAACGAGCCGGCGAAAGCAGAGGACAUCUCCAAAAGAAAAACCAGAAACUCCAACCGAUUGGGCUCCGCUGUAAGCGAAGAGCCGAAAUACGACGACAAAAAUGACAUUUACGAGUUCAACGACGACGACGUACCGGACGAUUUAAUAUUGCGCAGAAACAAACCUACGCAGGACAGUGACGUAAAAAAUGAUAGUGUAGUAAACGAAAUCCACAACCAGGAAGAUACGAGAGUAAAGUCUGAAAAAGAUACUGCCACCGUGGACAGCAUUGACAGCGCCAUGGACAGGUGGCCUGCGGAAAGCGCAGAUCGCCCACCCGAGUGUGUUCACCACGUAGAAAAAACACCAGAAAAGUGCGGACGCUUAAAACUUACGUUGAGGAUGAAACGCAGCCCCGUUCUGGACGAGGUCAUCGAAUCGGGCACUAGCUUGAGCGAGGACUGCUUCGAGCCGGAAUACGAGGUGUUGAGAGUGGAGGGCGUGGACAGCGACCCCUACACGCCCUACACUCAUAGAAAGAAACGGCACAAAUCUAAAGACAGGAAGAGGGACAGGAGGUUCAAGCAGGCCGAGGAGGAGGUACCGCAGCUUCCCAUGAAACGUUUAAGGCUUAUUUUCGGUAAUGAAAGUCACACUAUAGACAUCCCGUCCACUAGUUCUAAUUGUCAAACAUGAUGGACCCUUAUAUUCCUUUUCGACUCGAAUAUUGCAUCUUAGCAUUGUACAGAAACUUGUUCGGUUGAGGUGGUAAUCGGUUCUUUUAGUUUCGUUAAGCCACAAAAUGAUCAUCCUUUCAAUCCAUAAUCGAGUGGGUGCAAAAAUUCCAAUACAAUAAACGGGGGUAAAGCUAAGGUUUUGGCCCAGAUAUAAUAAUAAGUAUACAAUUUAAAUAUCUGACGUUAGGCUGCAAAUUUAGCGGGAAACACAAGAAAUGGUUUCCACGAAACGUUAAUAGGCUGUUUGAAUUUGAAUGUGCGGGGCGGACCAAAUUCCACACGUUGGGAGGGUUUCUCAUAUUCCAGAAGAGAUAUACAAAAUUUAAACGUCAUGGGUUCGAUUUCGAUACGUAUGUACAGGAUGUUUUUCAUUUUUUGCCGUUUUUCUCAACUUUCGAAUAGCUUUUGUGAAACUUUUUGAUUUUUCUAAAGGGGAUCUUCAUCUUCAAUUUUCUGUGUAGAAUCCAGUGAACACACCAUAUUUUUUAUAUAAUCAGUUUUUCUGUUAUAUUCAAACGUACACUUUUUAAAUAUAGCUUCGUAUUUAG